AUGAAAAUGUCUAACAACUCAAGCCACACUGUUUUACGUCUUAAUGAGAUCACUACUAAUAUCUAUCGAUUUACUUUUCCUCCUUUGAUCAUUUUUGGUCUUAUUGGUCAUAUACUUGAUAUAAUUAUAUUUACUCGACCAAAACUUAUUUCAAAUUCAUGUUGUAAUUAUUGUCUUGCAUCAUCAUGUGUUUCUAUUAUACAAAUUGUACUUGGUCAAUUAGUUCGUAUGUUAAAGGGUGGUUAUCAUAUACCAAUACCAGUUCUUUGGUGGUGUCGAAUACGCAUAUUUUUCUUAUAUUCAGCUUAUUUGACAUCAACAACUUUCAUUACACUUGCAUCUGCCGAUCGUUAUGUUUCAUCAUGUUCUCAAGUGAAAUAUCGUCGAUGGGCUAAUGUUAAAGUUGCACGACGUUUGAUUCCAAUUGUUUUAAUUAUUUCAUGUCUUUGUCAGUCGCAUAUCUUAGCCUUAUUCGUUGUUCAUGAAGAUGGAGAAAAAGAAUGUUGGGCUCCAAGAUACUCUGAUUAUCGAUUAGGUUAUGACAUUGCUUUUCUUAUUGCUCAUGGAGUAAUCUUUCCUAUACUAUUGGGUGUAUUUGGUUUUCUAACAUUAUACAAUAUACGUCGACGAAGAUCUGAUCAACAAAAGGGCGUAACAAACUUGAGACUACAUCGUAUUCGAGAUUUUCAACGAAUGACACUUGUACAAACAGCUUGUACCAUUAUAUUUACUCUUCCAUAUGCUAUUCAUAAAUUACAUCGAACAAUAACACAUUCUCCUUGGAAAACUCCUGAAAGAUCGGCAUGGGAACGAUUGAUUAUGUCUAUAGUUCGAUUGCUAUGGUUUUUUCAGGAUAGUGGUGGAUUUUACAUAUAUUCACUUUCAUCUGUUAAAUUUCGUCAUGAGUUACUGAAAUGUCUAUAUGCACAUCUACCUCGAAGAAUACAAGAAACUCAAAGGGCUAAAACACCUCUUCAAAUAUCUAUCGGAAACAAUAACGAUUACAAGUUGUAA